GAUGCAAAAGCGGACCGGAAAUCAAUAUGUAUUGUAAUUUGUAUUCACCUACAAGUCUACCAUAGUCUUAAGAUUAUCAAACAACGAUACAGGGUUUUAGGAUAAAAAUGUCUCUAGGAUACAGCUGCAAUAGAAGCAGAAAUAAUGUAAAACUGACACGAUUCCGCCUGAGUGAUGGAAAACAGACCAUAGACGUUUAUAGUCACUUAUCAAGAAACACUGGGACUCUGGUAAACACUGGAUAGUCACUUGGAAAGUGUAUACUAAAAUGCAGAAAUCGACUAUGCCUUGGGGUGCCAACAUCAAAGACCCAUGCAGAUGUCAAAACAAGCGACAUAAUCUGAAUAUCUCCUUUCUGGAAAACAGUAUGAAGUUGGAGAAGUCUUGUGCAGAUUGCGAACGUUCGCUGUCACCAACGUUUGAUCUAAAGGCAGAAAACUCGUCCUUUGCUUCAGAUGCAGCAGCCAAAAGUUGUCUUGAAGAGAGCUCACUAAACCUGCAAGUAAAGGUGGAACCCGAUGCAAGCCAACCUGAAGCAAUAGUUGGAAAGCCUUGGAUUGACACCGUCUCUGCAAGUGCAGCUGAAAGUAACAAUUCCAGUGAUAGUCCCGAUGAUACAAGCAACAAAGAAACAUUACCAGAACCCAGCACAAGUUCACCCAUAUCAACUGUAAUCUCACCUGUACCAAGAAGUACUCCAAUGUUACUGCAUAAUACCCAAAGUCUAAUACCUGGAGCACCGACGUCUUCACAGAAUAUAAUGGAUCAAGCACGACGUAUGGUGGGUCCCCGUAGUAAUCCUCCUCGCUAUAUGCACAAUGCACACAAACACAGCUGGGCACAGCGACAGAAGGAGGUGAAGAAAAUACUUAAGCAACGCACACAGGAAUGGAAAGAGAAACAAUCACUGUAUCAGCUGAUGCGAGGCGCGGCUUCUUCGCAUAAAUCCUUACUCGGUUAUCGAAAACAAGACCCGGUGUUGUUUGCCCGGGGAAAACACCCUACCGGAACCGACGUCAUACCACGAACUGCCUUCAAUUGGUACCCUGGGUUUAUGGCCCCAACCGAAGUACCACAUAUUCGAUCAUAUCCGCUUCCCACUUAUCCAAUCAUGACCGAGUUCGACCCGAAGUUUAUCCCGAACUCAGCCCCCCUCCUUAAGCGUCGUUAUAGCAAUGAAACUAGUUCAGCAGGUGAAGGAAAAUCGAGCAGUGAGGGUCUGACAGCAUUGGGUCAUCAUGAUCCAUUGAUUAAAGAGGUUGUCUCACUAGCAAGUAAUAAAUCCCCUAAUGUCGAGGAUGGAAACUCUGCUGGGCAUCGAAGAAGCAAACGAGCAAGAAAAAGCAUAGAUGAACCUUCUCCCGCAGAACGACGAGAGUCGAUUGAUAGUGGAAAUAGCGAGACAGAUGGAGACAACUUAAGCUCGGGAAAAUAUAUUUCAGAUUUUGCAGAAACAUUUCAAAACACUCCUGAAGAUCACCAGGUUGCUCACAUAAAUGGCCUUCUGAGUCUGCCAUCCAGCCGGGAGACGCGUUACGGUAUUACAUAUGGCGAACUGAAAAGGCGAUGUGGUGCGCCAGAGUAUCUGACACGUGUCGACCUCGUGGCCUAUGUAAGGCACUCGAAAAGUUCUGGACGCAGUCUGCUGGAUAAGUACAAGAUCGUGUCUGCAAAUCGUGCUUCACGACCCACUAUUAUGUCCAAAAUGUGCGAGAACGAAGCCAGAGUUCUAGGGGAUGGAAUCCUGAGGAUGAAUAUGAAUUAUUUUCCUGAUAAGAUGUUGGCUGAAGUCGCUACUGAGAGCUUGAGAGACGGCGUGGAGAAAGACGAAGAAGAUGGGAACAAACAAGAGAAAAUGAAGAGCAAAAUAGAGGAAAAGAUGAAGAAUAUUGAAACAACAAGGUCGAUGUUGAAAGAGGUUUUUGAUCUUCUUCAGUCCGAAAAAGACCAGGAAGAGAUGCAUAGAUUUGAAUUGGCAUCGCAUACAUUUGGAACAGUAAAUCUUAAGAAUCAUCUUACCCUGUUUGACCGUUUUUUUCAAGAAUACCAAACCGCUUUGAUGGCAUCAAUUGAUAAAUCUGAUUCUGCCAGUGAAUAAUAUAUAGUUAUAGAACCAAUUUAGUAAAUGGCUGAAAUAUGUUUUAUAUUAGCAUAUACAAUUGAAGUAGAUUCAGAGGAGUUCCUGUUUUCGUUCACACAGCCUAUGAUUUGAUCAAUUAGGUCCAGUCAUGCCAUCCAUCCAUGCACCUACGAAUUUGAAAGCAGUGCCAAUAUAUCACUGUCUGAUUCAAGGUAAUAAUAAUUAUAUUAAGGCGAGGCGGGCCAACUGGGACUUUUAGAAACGAUGACAUUGGAAUAUGAAGUUGCCUCUUCUAUGGCAUUAGUAUAACAAUAAUGGAUAAGAUCCACAAUUUUCGCGAGGCGAACAUUUGUUGAUUUGUACAGACAGUAUGGUCACUAUGGUGUAGAGUACAGUAUUUAAUUUUUGAUAAGUAAUUUGGGAGUAGAAUAUUAGUGACAAUACUAAGUAUUUAAAUCGUAGUCGUAAAUAGAAUUUAACAUUAAUGUAUAUAGUUGAAGUGUUUAA